GUUUACAAAUUAUAUGCACGCUUACUAAAGAAUCUUAGGUGCAGUUUAACCUCAAAUAUUUGCUCUGCGUCUGUAAAUCAAUUGCGAACGAUGGAAAGCACAGAUGAUGCAGUUAGAGCGGAGGAGGAGUCGAUCGUUACUUGGUUCGAAAAUUAUGACUUCGACUCGGCGGACUCGUGGAAGUAUCGUGAAAUAUUGUCGUCUUGCGAGUUAACGGCAAGAAGUGAGAAAAAAGCUGAGGUGUUGCAAGAGUCUGCUCUGUUAGAGGAAGAAUCUUCGGCCGACUCCAAAGCUGAAAAUCAAAGUUUUCAGCCUGUGGCAAGAACAGAAAACGAUGUUCGCACCAAUAUUCAAUAUGAAAAGACACCGAUAAUCGUUAUAAAACGAGGAUUUGAUUAUUAUAACAAUCGCCAUUUCGAUGUGAACCCCCGUUUGAAACUUGCCGAAUAUGAGAAGCCAAAAAUUGAGCAUAUCAGUACGAGGUGUAACAGGCGCAUUAGACCGAGGCAAUGUAUGACUUGCGAAUGCGAUAUUUGUCCUCAGUCAUUCAACUACCAGGGUAUUCUCGAAGCUCACUUGAAUACAUUUCAUGAUCGCAAUGAUCGCAAAAAAUUCUUCAUGUGUGACAUUUGUCAAAAAUCAUUCGAAAAAAAGUUUCCCCUCGAUAGACACAUAAAUGCAGUACAUGAUCAUAAUAAACCCUUUGAAUGCGAGAUUUGUCACAAAUCCUUUUCAACCAAGAGUUACAUCAAUACUCAAAUCAGUUCAGUUCAUGAUCGUAUUAAACCCUUCGAGUGUGACACUUGUCACAAAUCAUUUGGACAAAAAGAAUAUCUUAAAACUCAUAUUAGUACAGUACAUAAUCGUAGCAAACCCUUCGAAUGUGAAAAUUGUCACAAAUUAUUUUCACGCAGAAGCCAUCUUAAUGUUCACAUGAAUGCAGUACAUAAUCGUAGCAAACCCUUCGAAUGUAAAAUUUGUCACAAAUCAUUUGGAAUCAAGAGCAAUCUCAAAACUCACAUAAUAGCGGUGCAUAAUCGGAACACGAAGCGCGGCGCCGGACUCCAGAUCAUUCUCAUAUCCGUCGCGGUCUUGUUUUUCUAUCACUCCACUCACAUCCACUAUGGCUGGCUAUUCAUGGAAUUGAAUGUGAUCGGCGCUGAUUGUUUCUACUACUACUCGUGGAGCUACAUCUCGCUGCUGGUACCGGCCGCGGUGUACGCGACCAAUCGUAGCGCCCAAAAGCUGCUGUCCGCGUGCGUGGCCGGCAACGGUCUGCUGCAUCUCGGCCUGGCGGUCUACGCCGCGAGCCAAGCCGGCGAAGACUAUUGGUCCAAGGACACUCCGCACACCUUUCCCGAGAUGCACUCGGCUCUGCGCUAUCUCUGGCACACGCUGUUCGGAUGCGUCAACGCGCCCGUGCUGCCCUGCGUCUACGUGCUGCUGGCGCGCCUCGUGCCGGACAACUUGCGCGCGACGAUCGGUUCCGUGAUACUGAACAUCAAGUGGCUGGGCCUGUUCUCGGCCUUCUUGAGCGCCUUCUGCGUGAACCUCGUGGGUCUCAGGCACUUCGACACCUUCGGCGUGUACAUGAUCUUCGGCGUGCUCGCGCCGGCCUGGGCCAUCGUCUACUGGUUCGUCGGUGCCAACUGCGACAUGGAGAUCGUGAACAGAGCUCCGGGCUUCAAGCCGAAGGUGCCGUGGCGCCCGAUGCUCGCCUCGCUGCCGGUCGGCUGUCUGAUCGUGUUCCACUCGCUGUACUUUUUCACGCAGUUGUGCACCCUGCGCGAUUACUCGACGUUUCACUGGAUGGCAGUCCUGGCUAAUGUUAGUUCUGACGUCGAUAAUCAUACGUAG